CAGUCACCUACCAGUUUUAAAGAAAAGUGGAAUUCACUCAAAGUAUGGUUUGCACCAGUCUUACCCAAACGUCGUCCAUCACAAUGCAGCACCACCAGCACAGAAACCACAGCAACCACAGCUAGUACAUCAACCACGCACAAUUGCUAUGGUAAAGAUGACUUGUUAUAUAUUCCAUCGGGCACCAAAAGACCCUCUAUUCCAAACUCACUGAAUGAGGGAGUGUUUGAUAAAUGCAUGUCAACCUUUCUAAGAAGACCUUCAAAUGGAUCUUGUGUAACAACAACAUCAACAAUCAAUGACGAUAUGGACAAAGAAAUCGAAAAGCUUUACGAACUCUAUAACUUUGCUAUGGACGAAAUAAGCUAUGCUGAAGAUUCUCGUGGUUCACCCUAUUAUCAAGGUGAUAGAAUAGCUGCUCAAGAAGCUAUUGACCAAUGCACAGAAUCCUAUCAAACAUUACUACAGCAGUAUUCCAUCGAUAGUACCAUCUCAUACAAAAUAUCCACUCUUUCCAAGAAAAUGGAGUCUCUGCCAGUACAUGAUGAUCAGCUUUCUUUUUAACCAGACUAUCCCAAAAUUAUUUAUUAUUAUUUAUACUAUUAUUAUUUAACCCCAUUUAUAAAUUAUCAAAAAAAAAAAAAAAAAAAAAAAAAAAUAACUCCGUCUAUUAUAUAUAUACAUAUUUAUACCCCUCUCUUUCCUCUCUUUUUUUCUCC